GUGACAGAGACUGCUGUUGACCCAUUCACUUUCUGGAUCUAGGGUUUUUUUACUCGAGACAACUGGUUCAUCGUCACCCCAACAACCCUAGCCAGAACUGUUUCGGAUUAUCAUCAAUUCCAAUCGACUCAGCAAUCCAUCAUCGUCGAAGCUUUUUCAUUCAUAGAUCUAUAAAACCCUAAUUUUUCUUUCUCAACAACAGAUCAGUAGUACUGUAUAAAUCUGCAAAAAUAGACGACGAAUUCAACAGAAAUUUAACCGGAAACAAAUCAUAGAUCUGUACACGUUGAUUCCGAAACAAAAAUCAAAAGAAAGAGAUUUGACUUUUUUUUCAGAGAAAAUAUGUAUGAAUCGGUUGUGUAUGAAGGGAAUAAACUAGUUGGAGAAGUAGAGAUUUAUCCUCAAGAUCAGAAUCAGAACGGUGGUGUUGUUGACAUGAGGGUCAGAGAAAUUCGGGUCUCUCACUUCUCGCAACCGAGUGAGAGGUGUCCACCACUUGCUGUGCUUCACACUGUUACCUCCUCUGGUGUUUGCUUCAAAAUGGAGUCCAAAGCGCUACCUCAAGACUCGCAGCUGUACCUCUUGCACUCAUCAUGCUUUAGAGAGAACAAGACUGCAGUAAUGUCACUAGGCGGGGAGGAGCUCCAUUUGGUUGCCAUGCCUUCUAGGAAGAAUGGUGAACACGCCCCAUGUUUCUGGGGAUUCAUAGUUGCAUUGGGGCUUUACAAUUCUUGUCUUGCAUUGCUCAACCUUAGAUGUCUUGGCAUUGUAUUUGAUCUCGAUGAAACACUCAUAGUUGCAAACACAAUGCGCUCAUUUGAGGAUAGAAUUGAUGCCUUGCAGCGAAAAAUUAACACUGAGACAGAUCCACAACGAAUUUCUGGUAUACUAGCAGAGGUUAAGCGUUAUCAGGAUGACAAGAUCAUACUGAAGCAAUAUGCGGAAAACGAUCAGGUAGUUGAAAAUGGGAAGGUGAUGAAUUCUCAGCAUGAGGUUGUUCCAGCUUUGUCUGACAAUCAUCAACCUAUUGUCCGCCCAGUCAUAAGAUUACAGGACAGAAACAUUAUCCUGACUCGCAUUAAUCCGCUGAUUCGUGAUACAAGUGUUCUUGUGAGAUUGAGACCCGCUUGGGAGGACCUACGGAGCUACCUGACUGCAAGAGGUCGAAAGCGUUUUGAGGUCUAUGUUUGCACAAUGGCUGAAAGAGAUUAUGCUUUAGAAAUGUGGAGGCUUCUUGAUCCUGACUCAAACUUGAUAAACUCAAAAGCACUAUUGGAUCGUAUUGUUUGUGUCAAAGCUGGCUCAAGAAAAUCAUUGUUCAACGUGUUUCAAGAUGGAAUCUGCCAUCCUAAGAUGGCGUUGGUAAUUGAUGAUCGUUUGAAAGUGUGGGAUGAGAAAGAUCAGCCUCGGGUGCAUGUUGUUCCUGCAUUUGCUCCAUAUUAUGCUCCUGAAGCUGAAGCAAAUAAUGCUGUUCCUGUAUUGCGUGUUGCGAGAAAUGUUGCGUGUGAUGUUAGAGGUGGUUUUUUCAAAGAAUUCGAUGAAGUUCUCUUACAAAAGAUUCCAGAAGUUUCUUAUGAAGAUGAUAUCGGACAUAUCCCUUCUCCUCCAGAUGUGAGCAACUAUUUGAUUUCAGAGGAUGACGCUUCAGCUAUGACUGGGAACAAGGGUUCUCUUUGUUUUGAUGGCAUGGCAGAUUUUGAGGUUGAAAGAAGAUUAAAGGAUGCAAUUUUAGCUUCGUCAACGGCCUCUUUAACAGUCAGUAAUAUGGAUCCAAGAAUUGCUCCUCCUAUUCAGUAUACAGUAGCAUCGUCUUCUAUCUCAAUUGCACCGUCAACAUUGCAAGGCUCAAUCAUGCCUUUCUCCAAUAAACAGUUAACUCAGGUGACUUCAGUAGUCAAGCCAUUCGGUCAAGUUGGCGCUCCAGAAGCAAGCUUGCAAAGUUCCCCUGCUAGAGAAGAGGGUGAGGUACCAGAAUCUGAAUUAGAUCCUGAUACAAGGAGGCGGCUUCUUAUUUUGCAACAUGGGCAAGACACAAGAGAUCAUGCAUUGAGUGAACCUCAAUUUCCGGCAAGACCCCCAAUAGAAGUUCCAGUUCCACGGGUGCAAGCACAUGGAAGCUGGUUUCCAGUCGAAGAAAAGAUGAGCCCAGGACAACUUAACCGAGUACCACGAAAGGAAUUUCCUUCAAAUUCAGAGGCAAUGAAUAUUGAGAAACACCGACCUCAUCAUCUGCCUUUUCUUCGUAAGAUGGAUAGUUCUAUUCCAUCUGAUAGAAUUCUUCUUGAAAACCAGAGAUUGCCAAAGGAGGUUCUUCAAAGAGAUGACCGAUUGAGAUUUAACCAUUCAAUGCCUAGUUAUCAUUCAUUCCCAGAUGAUGAUGUUCCCUUGAGUCGAUCAUCCUCCAGCAACAGGGAUCUUGAUGUUGAACUUGGACCAAUUGACCCAUAUGCUGAGUCACCUGCUGGAGCUUUACAGGAUAUUGCAAUUAACUGUGGAACCAAGGUGGAGUUCAGGUCAGCUUUGGUUUCAAGCAUGGCGCUGCAAUUCUCUGUUGAGGUCUGGUUUGCAGGAAAGAAAAUUGGUGAAGGAAUUGGUAGGACAAGAAGGGAGGCCCAGCAUCAGGCUGCUGAGGGAUCUCUUAUGAAUUUGGCUGAUAAAUAUCUGUCACAUCUUAAGCCUGGUUCUAGCUCUCUGCAUGGGGAUGAGAGUAGGUUUUCUAGUGCAAAUGACAUCGGUUUUAUUGGUGAUGCUAAUUCUUUGGGGUAUCAGCCAAUGCUCGAGGAGGAGUCUCUGUCAUGUUCAAAUGCAUCAGAGCCACUGAGGGUUUUUGAUCCAAGGCUGGAGAGCUCCAAGAAACCAAUGGGUUCAGUCUCUGCAUAUAAAGAAUUUGUUGAAAUAGAUGGGCAUGUGUUGAGUAAGGGAAUUGGUUUAACAUGGGAUGAGGCUCAGAUGCAGCCUGCAGAAAAGGCUCUGGGUAGUCUAAAAUCCAUGCAUGGUCAAUAUUCUCAGAAACGUCAGGGUUCUCCAAGGUCAUUGCAAGGAAUUCCAAGUAAAAGACUGAAGCCAGAAUUUUCCCGAGUUCUGCAACGAAUGCCAUCUUCUGCAAGAUAUCCAAAGAAUGCUUCUCCUUUUCCCUGAAAAGCGAGUACAUACCUUUUUGUCCUCAUUUUCUGGUGUUGAAUCUGUUAAGAUAGAUCUUUUUCAUUUCCAAGGAAGCAGCAGCUAUUGCAAACCAGUCCUGCCAGUUGAUGGCUUGUCUUUGAGACUCUGUACACCAAUUCCAUCAAUCGUAUUGACCUAAUUUUAAAAAAUUCAGAAGCGAGAGACAUGCCUGGCCUGCAAUUCCUGUUCCAAGAUGUUCAUUCUUCGGAACAUCUGGGGAAAGUUGUAUCAGUUUUCCGCUUCUCAAAUGCUUAAAAACAUUGCAAGGCAAUUAGAGACGCAUGCAGGCCCCAAUUUUUCCGUGGGUAAUGGCAUGAGUCCUAGGAUUUUUAGGAAAACUAGCAGGCAUUUAGUUUAGUUUCGAAGUUUUGCUGUAUAUUCAGGCUGAAACAACAGAAUAUGGUGUUGAAUGUAUAUUAGCAGUCGGCAGUUUUUACUUCGUUCGGUUGACUAGAUCUCUUCUUUCUCUUGUGAGAAGAUCAGAAUUUUGUCAAAGUGAAAUCUGUGGUAAUCAAAAUUUGUGUAGUGCCAUCGUUUAUGUUGAGCUGAUGAAUAUCAGUUUCUCAUUUGAAUGAUCUGUAA